AUCUAUCUUGCCACUUUCUCAUUAACAGCAUGUGCAAGCAGAUCCUCCAAACAAUAAGGGGCUGUCACAGCUGGUGGUGCAGCUUUUGCAGUUCAUGGAAGAUAACUUCGGUCCAAAGGUCCCAAAGGCUCCUAUGACCAAAUUGCCAAUGAAAUGCUUCCUUGACUUCAAACCUGGUGGUGGACUCUGUCACAUACUAAAUACAGUCUAUAAAUUCAAAAGUGACCAAGGAUGGCGCAGGUUUGAUUUCCAGUCUCCAUCCCGCAAAGAUGCAAAUAUAGAACUCUUCCGUGAAAUUGAGAAAUCUCUCUUAUCGAACAAAUGUUGGGCAAAACCAUCAGUCUUCAUUCAUGGUGAAGUAGAUAAAGAGCUCCGCAAUGAACUUAAAGACAUUGUCAAGCGCCAUGAUGGAAAGAUUGUAGGUUAG